AAAUCAGCACUCCAGUGUAUUAUAUAGCUCAGUGCGUACGAAGAACGAGCCCUUGGCCUCCUGUGUUUAAGAAUUCUAUUUACUCUCAAUCCAGAAACAACAAAGAACUAAAGGGUUCCGCAGUUCAUGUAGCUGAAUUGCCAGCUCUUAUUUUGAAAGAGACCCACUUCCGGUCUGGAGCUAGGCUAGCGCCGCUGUUGACGCCCGAAGGCGCCAGGUCACAGAGCCGCAGCGGGUGCUUGUUAACCUACCGAAACAGCCAGCCGAAGCGGGAGCAGAUGAUCUGGAGUGAGGCAGCAGAUGUCCGCGGCCCUGUUGGGGAGUCCGCUCUGAGCCGAGGAGGGUUCGUGUGGCCAAACUUUGUCCGGACCAGCAGCUGCUCAGUGGACCACACCCUCCCCGCUUCCUCAUAGAAAUGCAGCGGGAGCGCGCAGGAUUGCUUUGGAUCUCUGGGAAUAACUCCGAACUUCCUGCUCGUACUUUGACGGUGCUGUGCUGCUAGAGCCGAGGUGAGCUGUGUACUGAAGCGGCACCGAGUGAUAUGGAUCUAAAAAGCGAGUUCCUGCGGAGGAGAUGUUGGGCAGCACCGCGUUCAGGCUCCAACUGAGGAGUGGAGGAGGAGCGAAGACUCGCUGACGGACGAUGCUGAGGCGUGCGGAACCGCCGAUAGCUUCCCAUCCAGGGCUCACUCUGAGGAGGAAGAGGUUGAAAAUGGACUGAACGGAACCAGGUGGUUCGGUUUUGUCGACAAUCGGUCUUCUUCUCGGUAGAACUGCUAUAACAAUGGUGCCGGAGAAAGAGCCCACGGUUCCCGCUGUCCUGAAGAGCUGCACGGAUGGUGCCCGGAUCGGAACCAGCAUGAGCAGGUCGUGCACUCUGUGGACAAGUUGGACAAGAUCACGGUCCAGUUACAGGCCGCGUGUCGGAGGAAAAUGCUUGUAGACUCCACCGAAAGACCCCAAAAGACGAGCAGCAAGCGUUGAGGUGUGCUUUCAGAGCAGGCACCAGAACCAAGCAGAGAGAAGAUCUUCUGCUGGAGAAGUCGUUCAGGAUGGAAGCACCGAGGACAACACGCAUGGAACUGCAGUGUGGGAGUUCUGGAGUCAUUCAGGAAGCAGUGUGAAUUAUAUUCCACAAAACCUGGGACCACAUCGCUGAUAUUGACGGAUAGUUUUUGUUUGGGGCUCUUAAUUCGAAAACCAGUUUCAAAUAAAGUGUGUAGAAUUAGUUUCACUGUUUACAGCGAAGUGCUAGAAAUUAUUAUUAUUAUUAUUAUUAUGAAUAACUAACCAAUGUCCAAGUCAGGUAACUGGGAAUAAGCCAUAUCAGAUGUAAAGGUUUAAGUCAGGAUAAUCUUCCUGUCCAGUGAAGUAACGGAGUACAAGGAGCUCCGCCUAUUGAUCCUAAGCUGAAUGUCCGGUGGAGAGCGCUUCCUCUGCCCUUUAUUGAUGAUCUGUGUUUGAAGAAACAUUGUCAAAGACUGUUUGGCCAGUUCACUUUUUUUUUUUUAGUUUGUAGGACACAGUGAUCUUUUGAUCUCUAAAAUGCAGCAGCAGAAAACGUGGAAGAAGUAAAGCUUGAGCCCACCGUCAUCAUGGCCAGCAGCAGCAGUUUUGGCAGAUCAACCAGGGAGGGGUCGAGCAGCCCACUGGGUGGCAGUGUGCAGCAGAGGAAGCGGCUCUCCUUCAUCUGCGACGCAUGCAAGGCCAAGGUGCAGAUGGUGGCCGACCUGCUGCUGCUGUCCAGCGAGACCCGGCCGGUCAUGACAUCUGAAGGCAUUGCCCUGGCGGACACGUUCGACCAGUGUCGCGACACGGUCAUCGCCAGAACCAAAGAGCUGUCCAUCCUCACCCACGACAUCCAGAGCCAGCUUAACAUGGGUCGUUUUACAGAGGUGGGGGACCGCCUUCUGGAGAUGGCUGACUUGGUGGUUUCUCUGACGGAGUGCUCGACGCAUGCCGCCUACCUGGCAGCUGUGGAGAGCCCCAGCUCACAGGCCUGUCUGCCAGGGUUGGUUGAUCGUUACAAAGUGACCCGCUGCCGACACGAGGUGGACCAGAGCUGCAGCAUCCUCCGCCUUUCUCCCCUGGCCGACCUCACCCCUCAGGUUCUCCUUGAGCUCUCCCAGAACAUCUCCACCAAUCUCAAGACUUUGACCGAUAUCUCGCUGCUAGCCAGUGAGAGGUCCAAGGACCGCUUUGCUAAAGAGCAGUUCAAGCUGAGCGUGAAGAGCAUAAGUACAAGUGGCACUGCCUUCCUGGCCUGCAUCAAAGAAGUUAAAACCCAGCCCAGUGAGCUGACCAGAAACCGGUGCAUCCUUUUUAGUGCUGCUCUGGUCCAGGCUGUAAACGCCUUGGUCGGGUUUGCAACCGAGCCGCAGUUCCUGGGAAAAGCUGCGAGUGUCUCAGCCGAAGGAAAGGGGGUGCAGACUGCAGUGUUAGGGGGUGCCAUGAGUGUGGUGUCAGCCUGUGUCCUCCUCACUCAGGGCCUGAGAGAUGUCGCUCAGCAUCCUGAGAGCAGUUCCAAGAUGGCAGACUACCGGGAGCGUCUGCGGAACUCGGCGUGUGCAGUGUCCGACGGCUGUACUCUGCUCACUCAAGCACUAAGAGAACGAUCCUCCCCGAGGACUCUGCCGCCAGUAAACUCGCAUUCUGUGAAUUAGUUCAGGUCAAGGCUGGUUGCCUGCUUGUCCCCUGUUUACUUUGGGACACACCAAAGAGACUCACCUGGACCCCCCCCUCCCCGGUUCAGCGUGCUGUGAGCUGCAUGAGAAACUGUUAGCGCCUUUGUGGGGAUGUAUAGCUAUAGUUGUGUGGAUAUUUUGUAAUGUGGACACGUCUUCACGACACAAAGUGGGCAAAAACUUUGUCGAGUCUGAAUUGAGUUUUUGGUUAGGUGUGUACUAGUAAUGGUUAGGGUUAGGCCCUAGAAAUGAAUGCAAAAUUAAUGGAAUUCAAUGCAGAAUCUUCACAAUGAUAGUAAGACCAACGUGUGUGUGUGUGUGCGUGUGUGUGAGCAUCAAGCAUGUCUGAGUGCAGCAGCUCAGUGAAACAACCACUGCAGGGUUUGUGCUGUGCUGGAUGUGGCUUGAACCUUGUUAAAGUGAGCCCUGUGAGCCGGAUCCAGGGUCAGCUGACAGCUUACCCUCAGCCGGCAGACAGCAGCUUCUGACUGGAAAAGUUUACCUCAGUGAUGGAUGAAGCCUCACUCUGAGCAUGAAUGGCUGCUGGACAUGUUUGGCUUCAUGUUCUGCAUCAGAUUUGAGGAAAAAAAAUAUAUUUUAGUUUUUUUCAACAAGUGUGAAUCUGAAAUGGUCAAAAAGCUGCUGUGAGUGUGUGCUAUAGGUUUUACACUAUUUACAAAACUUCCUAUAGUAUUUUUGAAGUGUUCUGACCUUACAUGUAAUGGAGUAUUUAUUUCACCUAAUAAAAAAAAGUUUGUUUUGAUAUCAUA